UAAUAUAGAUUACGGUUACUCUAUCAAUAAAUUGUGGUACACAGAGCGGGUUGCAGCCCAGCACAUUCAGCUGUUUGGGCAGGAAGUGGGGGCUGCCAAAAACACUUCCUUUCCUUCACAAGUUAGACGAAGCAUGCGCAGGACUGGGAGGGGCGAUAGUGGAGAGAAAAAAAAAGUUUGUAAAUCACUUUGACGAGAAAAAUCUAAUUUCCUCCCCUCCGUCUAUGAAUGUACUUGAAUGGAUAUAAAAUGGAUCUGUUGGUCCCUAGACCUACUCUGAUUUAUUUCAUAUUAUGUACCCUGCCUGCAGUUUUAUUAAACUCUCUGAACUCCCUCCGCAAGAACAGCACCAGAUACAAUGUUGUUAUGGUGAUGAGCGAUUCCUUUGAUGGAAGACUGACUUCACAUAAUAACGUGGUCCCCCUUCCUUAUUUAAGCUUCAUGAAACGUCACGGGGCCGUAUUUCAGAACGCAUACACCAACUCUCCUAUAUGUUGCCCUUCACGUGCUGCUAUGUGGAGCGGACUGUUUCCCCACAUAACAGAGUCAUGGAAUAACUUCAAAUGCCUUGAUCCAGGCUACCCAACAUGGAUAGAUCUUUUGAAGAAGAAUGGAUAUACAACUCAGUUGUUCGGUAAGCAAGAUUACACAAGUGGAUCUCAUUCACUUAGCAACCGAGUGGAAGCCUGGACCAGAGAUGUCCCGUUUUUACUCCGACAGGAAGGAAGGCCUGUUGCAAAUCUCACUGGAAAAGUAGCACAGGUUCGAGUUAUGGAGGAAGACUGGAAAAACACAGAUUUAGCAGCAAACUGGAUUAGAAAAGUUUCCCAGAACAUUUCACAGCCAUUUUUUCUAUAUCUGGGUUUAAAUCUACCACAUCCAUACCCUUCAAAAAACAUGGGAGAAAACUUUGGAUCUUCAACAUUUUUGACCUCUCAGUACUGGCUUCAAAAGGUGUCAUAUGAAAACAUAACCAUUCCCAAAUGGAUACCCUUCGAAAACAUGCAUCCGGUGGACUAUUACUCCUCUUACACCAAGAACUGCACCGCACAUUUUACAGACAAGGAAGUCAGAGACAUCAGGGCUCACUAUUAUGCUAUGUGCGCAGAAACAGACGCCAUAAUGGGUGAAAUUAUUUCGGCUCUCAAUGACUCGGGACUUUUAAGCACAACGUACCUACUGUUCACUUCGGACCAUGGAGAACUUGCUAUGGAACAUCGACAGUUUUAUAAAAUGAGCAUGUACGAAGGAAGCUCUCACAUUCCUCUUAUAUUUAUGGGACCCAAGAUAACGCCCAGUCAACAAAUACCAGAUCUAGUUUCACUUGUUGAUCUUUACCCUACUAUGCUUGACAUUGCCGGAGUUCAUGGUUUUGAAAAUAGAAGUGGCUUCUCUCUAAUGCCGUUAUUAUCUGCUAGGUCAGCGAAUGAUGCCAAUUUGCAUCCUAAUUGGUCUCUGAGCGAAUUUCAUGGUUCUGAUGCAAAUGCUUCAACCUACAUGCUACGAGCUAAUAACUGGAAGUACGUUGCAUACUCAGAUGGUGAUUCAGUUCCUCCACAGCUGUUCGAUUUAUCGGCCGAUCCAGAUGAACUAAGGAAUGUUGCAGGAGAGUUUCCAGCUGUCACCCUGUCAAUGGAUAAGAAACUUCGUUCCAUUGUUGACUAUCCAAAGGUGUCCGAGUCUGUCCAUCGAUACAAUAAACAACAAUUUGCCAACUGGAAGGAAUCACUAGGAGUAAACUAUAGCGAUGUCAUUUCUAGCCUAAGGUGGCAUUUAGACUGGAGCAAGAGGCCAAAAACCUAUUCCAGGAAAAUUGAGAAGUGGCUUAAAAGUUCCACCUUAGGCUAAAGAAGAAUAAGAAUGCUUAUUUACAGAACACACCAGCACCUAGAUCAAUAUUCUCCACUGAUGUUUUAUGUUCGAUUGCAGAUGUUUCAGAUUAAAAUAUUCAGCAGAUAUACUUAAUGAAGAAUUCCCUAUAUCUAUAGCUGUAUAUCUAUAUAACUUUGUCUUGCUCCCACACUUAUGGGUUCAUCCCUGGUCUUGGUAAAACAGGUGUUCUCAGCUCAAUUAAUCCAGCACUGGGAGAAGCAGUCUGUCUCUCAGCAGAAAAGUUGAACGUGAGAACGUUAUCCUCUUGUUUGCUUGACAUGAGUCCAUAUUAGCAGGCCAGUCUGUGGUUAGACCUACGGUAGUUAAGUCUUUUAAAAAGGAGCAAGCUUUUGUUUUCUAUGUCGUGCAUGUUUAAAGUGUGUCCUGAAAUAAACCUAUAUGUCUAAAUAAAGCUUAAAGUUACUAUGAA